AUGCUUGAGCACAUGAGAGGGGCGGGGGCAGCAGCCGGGCCGCGCAGGCGUCCCGAGGCGCAGUGGAGUGUGUGUGUGUGUGUGGGGGUGUGGCCGCCGGCUUUCCCGCGCAAACGCUCCCCCCUGACGCCCCCCCCCCCUCACACCGCCCUCAGCCAGCGCCGCCGCCGCGGGGGCUUCGCCCGCUGCCCGCCGAGGGGCGGCUGUGGCGGCGGCCGCGCGGCCCCGGAACGGGAAGCGCUGCGGGGACCGAGCGGAGGCAGCGAGCGAGGAAGAACCGCCCCCUCCCCCCCAUACACAGCUUGGCCGGGGCCGGCCCCGCGCGCGCCGCCGUUACCGCCUCGCGCCCCCCCCCCUCCCUUUAUGGCCGCCCCUCACCCGCCCCCCUCACGCCCUUUCCCCUCACGGCCUCGGCCAUGGCCGGGCCCUCCCAGAGAACGGCAGCGGCGCCGGGAAGAGGAGGAGGAAGAGGAGGAGGAGGAGUCGCACGGAUUGAAGAGCUCGAGCUCCAAGAGACGCAAUAAGCGAUUGUGCUUUGAGUCUUGGCAGCGCCAAAUCCGUGAGCAGAGGCUGGUGCAAACAGGAGAGUACAGGGCUACACCUCUUUAACUCCUCUCAGGUUAUGUUAAUUGUGGAUCACACCAUCUCAUGAAGAAAGAGGGCCUGAGUUCAGGACCUGCGUUUUCCUGUGACCUUGGGUAAAGCACUUCCCUUUACACAGCUGUAUUUUGACUGUUGUUAAAAUGGAAAUAAAGAUACCUUUUCUCUUUUCAA